GGCUUGGGCAAUGUUUUGCCUGCUAGCCAUUUCCCAGUUUUAAACUGGAGACGAUUUGCUGGCAGCGACUGCUGCCGACUCCCCGCUGGCGGGGAACAUUAUACGGGCGCAGGUCGCCCAGAAGCAGAAAGGCGUAGCCUUCUCACGAGUCACCAACAACUACGGUUGGUGCAGUCAGACCAACAGGUCGCCGACACCUUCAGGAAUGCCACUAGGCACAGUCCCCGCAGCUGUAGCGAGAAGAGACACAGGGUGGAGGAUAUCCUGGCAGAGCAGCGCAAUAUUCUUCGUCCCUACCAGCACACCGGAUCCGGAAGGGAAGGAAGAAGAAAUGGUCUCCUCGGUUCCAGAACACCAAAACGAGCCCAGCGAUAGUUUGCCCUCGGGGCCAACUGGAGGCCCGGCAUGUUCUCUGGGCUCGGCUGUACCCGAGUCGUACAGCUUCGAAUUCGAGAGCAUUGCAGGGCCUGAUGCAGCCGAAGCUGCUCAGUUACACCCCGGAGGAACGUUCCAGCUCAGCCAGCCCGUGCUGACAAUGACGAACAUCCUGGGCGCUGACUCUAUCAGCAUCGCCUUUUUCGGCGACUAUAUCUACGCCGGCCGAUCAUCACGCACGGCCCGAAUGGUUUUGUAUGCGGCAAACGGGCUGAAGGACGUCACUAUCGGUGAGAAAGACGGAAACAUCGAGCUCGUUAUAAGCCCUGUCGUAGGCAAGAAGCUACCCGAAGACGACCGGGGCACGCCCCGAUGCCCGGCAAUACCGGAAAAUCAGUCUCGACUGGUACCACCAGAGAUGAUUUGGGGGCGAACGAGGAGAAGCAAGAGGACGGAUCUUUCAGGGCUCGGUUUCUAUUAGGAUGAUCUCAGGGUGCGUUCUUUUCUGUUUACUUUUCUG